GCCCCGGCCCCGCCGCGCAGGCACCCGCUGGGCAACCCCACGAGGCCCCAGAGCGUGGUGGUUACCAUGGAGACGGGUGGCGCACCCCGAUAAAAGAGAGAAAAAAAACCUCAGAAGCAAAGGGAUGAAAUCAGUUCCUUCUUCGUCCUAGGUGACCAUCAAAAGCCCUGCUCAGAGGAAUUAAUUAGCAAGAGCACAGAGACUAAACAAAUGGAAAAAAUCACUCAUCUGGAAGCUCUGAUGUUUAGUGCUGUGCUGGAGAACUGUGUGGAUCAACUUGCAAUUCUUGGAUAUAUCACGCCAGUUUCACAUGAGGACAAGACACAAGUCAGCCAUGAAAUUAAAGAAAUGAUCCAGGAGGAGCUGGAUAUUAACUCCCCAGAGCUUACAUCAGCAAAGCAAGAGAGUGGGAAAACAGUUACCUCCACGACCCUGAAAAGCACUGAACACAAGCAGCAGCAGGGGAAAACUGAAGAUCAAAAAAACACCCGUCAUCCUUCCAAAAGCUCCAAGAAAUGCCCCACUCGGGCUGCACAGAAGCUCAGAAAAAUUUAUGCUGACAGGCAGUAUGCAAGUGAUGUAAUUACAAUCACUAUUAAAAAGAUGGAGGAAACAGGAACAUUUAGUACCCUAACAGAUGCUAAUGAGAGAGAGAAGGCAAAAAAGAGCAAGCUUUAUGACAUCCUCAUCAGGGAGGAAAAAGGAAAGAAGGAGAUAAAGGCACUCCAGAAACAGCUGCAAGAUGUCAAGAAACAAGCUGAAACAGACCUUCAGGACCGAGAUAACAUCAUUGAUCGCCUCAAAGAUAAGCUCCAAGAGAAGACGGCCAAAUUGAACACAGAGAGCUACUACAUGAAGAAAAACACAGAUCUCCAGAUCCAACUAACCCAGAAAAAGUGCAGCAAUGCAGAGAAUGCCCUGGAGAAGGAAAUCCAGAAUUUGAAGAGCAAAACUGAUGAGGAGAUUCAACUCCACAUGGAGACUGAAAAUUUCCUCACGCAGCAGUAUCAGAAAGUGGAAGAGAAGCUGGAAUACUGGAUGGAGAAGUAUAAAAAAGACACUGAUGCAAAAGACGAAGAACUGGAUGAUCUAAGAGCAUUAAAGGCAGAAAAUUUGGAAACAAUGCAGAGAUUUGCCAAGGAGUGCCUGGAAUUCCAGGCAACCAUCACCAUUGACAGGUCAGACAAGGAGGCCAAGAGAAAACAAAUAGAGCGGGAAGCCCUGGAGCUGAAGAGCGCCCUAAAGGUGCAGGCGUGGUGGAAAGGUACAAUGGUCCGCAGAUUCCUCGGCCCCUACCAGGAGCUCGAGAAGUAUUUGAAGGAAAAGUCAGCACAGAAAGAAACAGGGAAGGAAAAAUCUGGAGCAAAGAGAUAAGUAAAGAAAGUGGCCACAGAUGUGCUCCAAGGCUGCUGCUGGGCAGGGCACUGUGGUCUGUCUGUCUGACAGGACAAAAUAAACCAUGUAACAGAGCUUGGGCAAUUCUGGAGAACACAGUUCCUGCAGAAACAGUUAUGGUGAAGCUGCGCUAAAGAUCUUAAAGCUGCCCUUGUACAGCCUUUUUUCCCAGCAGAAGGGAUUUGCAUCAAAGCAGUGAGAAACACUCUAUCCCCUGCGAAGUGCUUUAUGGAAACAAGACAGUGGGAGGUAAUCCUGUUACCAUCCCAGUAACUCACCAGUGUGGGAUGCUCUGCCCCCAGAACCUCCUCUGCAGCCCCCAAAGCACCAGCUGUGGCUCUGGGUCAGGUGGGGAGGCCAAGGCACCCCCAGCUGGGCUCUAUCUGUGCUCUCCCUGCCACCAGUGCUGGCAUCAGGUCAGCAGGGGAGAACAUGGACAGUUUGCAGUGUAAACACAAGUGCAGUCAGAGCACACAGGUUUCCAUUCCCACAGUCCUGCACAGUGUCAGUGCACAGACAGAAUAGCUCCAAAUACCCCCUGACCAAGGGGAGGAACAAGGGGAAAAGGCAGCCAGCCAUGCUGCCUGCAGGAGCUGGUCUGUCACAGGCGUCCCCACCGCCCUGGCCAGUGCCACUGUGCAGUAGGAUGGGGCUGUAGGCAGGGAGCAGAGCUGCUUUUUAACCAAGAGGGGAAUCCCUGCUCCUGACACCACUGUCAGUCCACAUGCAGGUCUGUGCACAAAGCCUUGCAGCUGAGCUGCCUGGUUUCUGACUCUCCCACGUGGGAAAUGAUCUCAAACCGUAGUCUGCUCUGCUCUUUGUGAGCAGCCCGUGCUGGCCCCAUCCAAACCUCCUCAUGUCCGAUCUGAACUGAGCCAAAAGCUCUAAAGUUCAUGUGAGAUGGCUGAAACCAUGAGCAGAGAGCCUGUGGCCCAGAACUCUGAACAAGGGGCUGGUGCCUUGUCAGGCAGACUUGACUGUCAGGGGAGUGUUUCAGAUGCUCCAGACAAACUGCAUUAGAAGUGCCAGUGUUCCUGCUGGAGCACGGACGCUUGCUUGAAACCUGAACACAUUCCCUCACUUCCCAUGCUCCCCAUGCAGGGAUCGCUCCAGUUCGGUGCUGGCAGGAACAGAGCCAGGACUGUGCUUACACCCCACUGCAGGAAGCACCUCAGUGCAACUGGGACUUAUGUUCCUAAUUUUAACUCUUCCUUUUCAUGCCCUGCUGACUCAGUAUAUUUUACCACAGACCCGUGUUUCCCAUAUGUGAUGGGGGUGUUAACAGGUGACCUGCUUGGGUGGAAGGAAUGAAGUUGAUCAUAAAACUCUCCACAGGCUUUCAGCUAAGGAAAAGCAGGAUAAGAUGGCAGGCAGCAGAGCUCUGCUGUUUACAUCAAACUCCAGGCACACUUUAGUAAUGCAACCAAACAACUGAAAUCUGACGCAUGGUCUUGGCUGGGUUGCUCUUGCUUCUCAGCAGAGAAUGAAGCGGCUCUGGAAACACAGAGGCAACAGUGGAACAGGGUUUGCUAUUCCUGUGAAGUUGGGGCGCUAAAGCUCAGGUUCCAACAUGAGGCCACUGCGGGGUGGCGAC